AUGUAUAAAACCACAGGUAUUUCGUUGGAAAGGAAAUCAUGCUCGCAUCAAGGAGAAUCGAAACGAGCACACUGCCCGUGUACUUUCACCCCGGUUUCCAACAGUAUCGGUAAUCAGGAGGACAAUUGUUAUCAAUCGUCGAUCAGAAAGCAGACCGAGUUGUGCGAUCUGAGAAAGUGCAAGUAUGCUAAAUCACAGGUGGAGAAGGACAUUUGCACCACGCAGAGAUUGCUCGAUAAGAUACAGCACCUGAAGAAAAGCAUACAGGACUUGGAAACUGCUCAGCAGUAUGUCAAAUCGCAACAAAAGAAGAAUGUCCUCAGUCAAACCGAAGACGUAGGAAUAACAGAGUUGAACAACGCAAGAGAGAUAGUGAAUAACUGCAUAAAAGAGAUGACAAAGUUGAAGACAUUUCUGGACGACGAGAAUUGCUGGUGGAAGAUCUUCCGGAAGCGAGAGUUCAAUUGCUGUGAACAGAAACUACCCCAUCUCCACGGUUUCCUAGACGGGACGAUGGUCACCCUGAAAAUGCUCGAAGAAACCCUCGCACCGAAGGGAUUUGCAACCUCGACACCGACGAAAUGUCGAUCGCUGGAGAACUUGAAGAUCAAACAAAAUGUUCAUAAUAAAGAUUAUACGAAGAGUCCGAAUAUUUUUCCGGAAGAUUUGAGUAGAAUUAGUCCUCGUGCGAGUGCUGAGUUUCAUCAGAAGAGAGUGAGUAUUAAUUCUUGUCAGAAGGACUGUCCCAUAUCUUGCAGACGGGAAACUCAGAACUAUUCGGCUCCUGGAACGUCUGAGGAGUCCUCGAGGAACAAGAGGAACGAACAAGAACAAGAAGGACAUAGAAAUAAUCCUCACUGUAAAUAUCCAUGA